UUUCAGACUGUGAACCUGAAGAGCAAACUGACUGGUCUAUGGAUGGAAAGUGUUGCUCAUUUUGCAAUUUACGCAUUGACAAAAUAAGUGAUCACACCUCUACUGUUCCUUCUUCACAGUCAACACCUACAGAUUCACCAUCUCAGGGCCAGCAGUUACUCACUGAGAAGACUGAAUACCAAGCCGAAAAAUAUUUAUAUUCAUUUUUCCGAAAAAAAGAUUUUCCUCAGAACUGUGAUCCCCCUAACAUUCCACUAGUUGCUCAGGAAUUAAUGAAAAAUAUGAUACAACAGUUUGCAAUGGAGUACAUUGCUAAAAGCAGUCAGAUGGAAGAGACUAGUACAGAAUCGUCUGCAAAACCAGACAGACUUUGCAAUGGUUUUCAGGGUAAUCAUACCGAAAAGACCUCUUUGCGAGAACAAGAUGGACCUCUAGACCUCACUGUGACUAGAACCCAACAACAUCGUGCUGUGCAAGAUGGAGUACUAGAUCUCUCUAAGAAAAAUAGUGCCACUUCUAUAACACCUGCACCAUUUGAUCCAUCCUACUUGUCAACCUCAUUUGAAAUGAAAAUAUCAGGGAGACUGCAAAAAGAAAAAGAUGACUAUGUGAAAAGAAGUGCUGAGUUUGCAGAAGGCUUGCUUUCAAAAGCAUUGAAAGAUGUUCAGAUGGGAGCACUAGACAUUAGUAAAGCAGCCAUACUUUACGGCAUACCUCAGAAAACUUUACUUCUCCACUUAGAAGCCUUACCAGCAGGAAAACCUGUAUCAUGUAAAAACAAAAUUCAAGAUUUCUGUGAUAAUUACCUUCCUAAAGGCAACCUAGAAACCCAUGCAGUGCUUCAGAAGGUAGUCCUGUGGGCCAGAGCUCAAACAAAGUGCACAGACCUGAGUAGAUUUAAUUUACUUGAAACCUCAGAGUUGAAAUUCCCAACUGCUUCCAGUUACCUCCACCAAUUAACUCUACAAAGAAUGGUCUCUCAGUUUAAAGAAAGAAGUGAAAGUUUGCACAAAGAAAAUUUAGGUAGUCCUGCUGUUCAGUUAAAAAUCCCUCAGGUACGAAUUUGUUCUGUUCCCAAGCCACAGUCUGAUAACUCUGGUGUUAUGGAUAUGUUUCAGGUUUCCAAAACAUCGUCAGUAGUGGAAGGAGCUGCUGUUCAGAAACACAAAACAAUCCUCACAAAGCAGAACAAAACUGAAUGUUCUGUACCAUUAACCCAGUCUAGUGUUGAUACUUACCUGCUUCAUGGGGAUAUUUCUUCACUGUGUCUUAACACAAAAAAUGGUUCAACUGAUGGAGCAUCGGAAAAUGCGGAAGAUAGUCUAGAUAACAAAGACAAGCAGCCAAGAAAAAAGCGUGGCCGUUACCGUCAGUAUGACCAUGAAAUUAUGGAGGAAGCCAUUGCUAUGGUACUAAGUGGAAAAAUGAGCGUCUCCAAAGCACAAGGAAUUUAUGGUGUACCUCAUAGCACUUUAGAAUACAAAGUUAAAGAGAGAUCAGGAACACUGAAGUCCCCACCGAAGAAAAAACUUCGACUACCUGACACCGGGUUUUUUAAUUUGACAAAUUCAGGGACUGGUAGCUCUAUGAGCAGCAGCAAGUCUGUGUAGAUUAAUUUUUUAAACUGUCUUAAAAAUGUUUACUCAGAUGAAAUACUAAGUUAUAAAUUUCAAAACACAUACAUGCCUUUUCUAAAAUAAAUUUAUUUAUUCAGGGUUUUCACUGUGGACAGACACAUUGUGGUGCACUCAUCUACUGAUUUAUUUUGUGUAUAUACAGGUAGUUUCUACAUUGCUACAUAAGAAAAUUUCAGGGUUUUGUUUAGCACUUGGUAGCAAAACUUUAUAAUGUCAUAUAGAGCAUAAUCUUAUAAAAAUUAACUUGUUAUACCUAUGCCAGUAAGUAAAAUAUAUUGUAUAUUGACACAUUCCCCCAAAUGAUUAACUUGUUGCAUUCCAGCACAAGCAAAAAAGUCAUGGAAAUGUAAGCUGAAUCUGUUCUGAAAACUUAACCACUGUAGAAGAUGCAUGCAUGGGUGGUAUUUGUAGAUUGUUUUCAGUGACAAACCAUACAUGUUUGAUUAAAAUGCAGGCAAAAUGCAAUUGGCAAAGUACAUGUAGAAUGCAACAAGACAAGUAGAAUUUACUGUGUAAGAUUCCAAUAAUUUUAUUCCAAUAAUUUUUCUUUACACUUUCUGGUUUCACCAGUAGAUGUUUACUAGUAAAGUGUGUUUGCUUAUGAUGUUAAAAUAUGGAUGCAAACACAUUCCUAAUGUGGUUAGUAGCCCAGCAGCUCUAAGCUUCUAAUUUGCUGGCUAUGGAGGGAGACUUCUUACUUUUUACCUGUUUAAUUUUUGGAUAUUUUUCUACAAAAUAAGCUACCUUGCAAGUUUUAUUAAGAAAGAUGGAAUGCUGCAUAGAGCAUGUUCAAAAUGUGCACAGAAUAAGCUUGAGAAUGGUGAGUUUGUUUUUGUGUGCUGGUUAGUUGAUGUGUAAUGACCACUUUAAUUAUAUUUUAUAAUAACAGUUUCACACUGCUGCUGCUGAGAAACCUCUAUUUAAACUGUAACUUAUUUGCUGCUGUGACACAGACGACUUCUAAUCUAUAUUUUUAAUCAGAAUAUCACUAUUUCAUUUCACUGGUCCAUUGUUAUCAUUCUGCUAAAUAACCAAAUUUUGCAGUUUGUUCAGGGUCUUAAUGGAAUUUUAAGAGACAGACUUUCAACCAUCAAAUGAAACUUUUGUAACUCUAAUAAUGUGUAGUCUUUAUAGGUAAGAUAGCUAGAAGCUGGGCAUUUGUGUUUAAAAUACUGUCUAAUUAGUAUUUCAAGUGACUUGUUUUCUCACUGUUAAUUUCAUCUUAAUUUGGAUUUUUUGGAUUUGCAUACACCUAUCCAGUAAUCUGUCUGAGGUUCAUAAAUAUAUAUAUGAAAAGUGA